AUGGCAGAUGAUAACUGGGCACAAACACGGCAAUUCCAAGAGAGGCUUUCUAGGCAGCUCUCCCAACAACCAAUCGUAGGCCAGCUUUCACAUCGGGAAGUCAGAAACAGCCAAUCACAAGCUUCCUGUCGUGAAAUCGUCCAAUCCAAUUGCCACCGGGUUACACAGCUGCACCUGGUAACUUCGAGCCAAUCACAGGAGUCCUUUCGUUAUAGUGCGUCUCAAGCAGCUGCAGCCAGCUAUAGGACAGCUGGGAGCCCUGUCUACAGUGGAGGCUGCUGUGUGCUGCAAGCUCAGAGUUGCUGGCUCUUCUCUCAUCCUUCCUGGGUCUGUCACUGCCUGGGGCUAUUCAUGGCUUUCUGGAAGAAGGCUCAGUCAUUGCAGCAGUCCUCCAAGGCUAGGUGAGUGCCUCUCCCUGUAUCACCAUAUCUCCCUUAUCACACAGUCAUGGGUUUGAUGACAGCAGAGUGCAACACUCAUAGAAUGUGCUCAUUGUAACCCUAUAAGGGCUGCAAUCAAAUAGAACACUUCCACUUCCUGCAAGGGCUUUAGAAUACAUUGUAUCACUGUUUGCUCUUUACGGGUUUAGGGAAAUAGGUGCUGUUUGUAGAGCUGUGGUUUCAGGUGUUCUAAUAAACCUGCUUAUAAUAUAGGUGGAUUUAUGGUUUGGUAGAUUUUAAAAAUUAGGACUAAAUUCUGCCUAAACAGUAGAACUACAGUUUUUAGAUCUAUCUUCCAUUUGAUGCUGAGUAACAUAGGGGUGGUAAUCUACAACAACUGGAGUCCUAGAGUGUUGCUAUAACUUAACCAGUAGCUCUUUGUUUUUGUUUUUUUGUUUGUUUUUUUUUUUUUAAAUUUCUUUAUUGGUUUAAUAUUUUGGGUUAACUAUGUGUAACUAUUGCCUUUUAGAAAGAACACGCUGUACAAAAACAUAGAUUUAAGUUUGUAAUGUGCUUGUAAUAAACAUUCAUGAAUGUUGCAAAUCCUGGGGUAUUUGUUUCAAAAGUAAAACGGGGCCAGGAGGAAAAACAUUGUUGUUGGCAUUUAUACUAGCUUCCAAUCUAUAGAUAAGUUUACAACAUCCAGGUAUUGCUAAAUUGUAGUACGGUUUGUUAUUGCCUUUAACUAUAUUACAUUUUUUUUUUUUUUUUUUGAUACUCAUUCAUUUUCUAAUGACUGUCAUGAAAUCAUUUUGGACUUUUUUUUUUUUAUAACGGUUUUGUUAUCGAACAAUUACAGGAAUGUUUCUGUUUUAAAAGAUGCAGAGAAAAAUUUAAAAAACGUCUUGAGCUGCAUUCCUGAAUACUUUUUGUUUAUAAGCUUGGCUUUUGUCAUGAGUGGGACACUCCAGUCUGGCAUUUUGAUUCUAGUUAUUUUCACCCCUUAAAGGCUAGUUGCACUCUCAGCACACAUGAGCUGCCUAAUGUUAAUUCUGUGCAUAGUUUGUCUGCUUCAGGCAGAGCACAAGGGGAAGCUAGCUUUUUCUCCCUUCAUUGCAGUUGUUGUUGUUGUUAUUAUUUUUCAUGAUUUUUAAUGGUGACAUUACAACUUUAAUAGUAGUCACAAAAUCCAAAAUUUCUACUGAAAGUAGAGCCCUUAGGAUAUUUAACUUAUAUAUUUUUUUUUUUACACUUUUCAUUUAACCGUUUUGCCACCACGUCAACUCUGCUAUGUUUUGUUUGUUUUGUGUGUGUGUGUGUGUGACACACUUUUUUUUUUUUUUUAUGGGUGAUCCACCUGUCUCUCAUGACAAGUUAGUUCUCCUGACCCACAAAAUAAUUUUAAUUAGAAAUACUGGUGCCUCUACUUAGCGGGUCUCUCCCUACGUCCUCCCUCAUAGUGUGUGUGUGCGUAUAAUAUGUGGCGUGCUUGUUGCGGGUAUUCUGUGUCAGAUUUCUUGUGUAACAUAGAAACAUAGAAUGUGACGGCAGAUAAGAACCAUUCGGCCCAUCUAGUCUGCCUAAUUUUCUAAAUAGUGCAUUGCUCCCCUUCCCCCCCUCCCCCAUUCUUACAGGUAGGGGAACUAUGCUGGUCAAGCCGAGGUUACAAUUGCCCUGCUGGUCCAGGGGGGAAUAUAGGGUCACUUUAAUCCUUUGGAGCGUGGGGACCUUUUUCUGUGUAAAAUGCCCUAUUGGGCACUAUGUUGGAGGUCCCCCUGCUCAAAACCUGGGGUGGGUGGAGUUUACUCACGUGAAAGUCAACUCACGUGAAAGUCAGCACUGGGCAAAGUUCCUGUCACUGCUCUCACAUGCUCCCUCCUGACCAAAUGGUUGUCAUGGAGCUCCUUCACAUGCUCCAGGCCGGAGAGAGUGGGGAGGUGGAGGGUUUUUAAAAAAAUUAAAACAAAAAAAAAAAAACCUGCCAGUAAUGGAGAGUGCCCACAGGGAGAGGGAGGGUGUAAGUAGAGCUAGCUUCCCGCCUGCAAGUGGUAGAUUUUAAAGUCUCUCAGCAUCCAGCACACAAUUGACAAUAACUCUGUAUGUGCAGUGUUUAAAGCAGAAACACUGCACAUACAUACUCCUACCACCAUGACCACUUCAACUCACUGAAGUGGUCAAGGUGAUUGGAGUAACCCUUUAAAAUUUUUCCAGUGGUCCAGCCUGGCUUAAAGGGACACUAUAGUCACCAGAACAACUACAACUUAUUGAAUUUGUUCUGGUGAGUAGAAUCAUUACCUUCAGGCUUUUUGCUGUAAAUACUGUAUUUUCAGAGAAAAUGCAGUGUUUACUUUACAGCCUAGUGAUGACUUCACUGGCCACUCCUCAGAUGGCUGUUAUAGAUCCUUCCUGGGUCAUUGCUGCCUAAAAUGCAUCCAAACAUUCAGUAUCUCUUCCCUCUGCAUGCAGGCACUGAACUUUCCUCAUUCUCUGAGGAGAUGCUGAUUGGUUAGGGCUGUGUUUGAAUCAUGCUGGCUCUGCCCCUCUGCCUCUUUGGCAGUCUCAGCCAAUCCUAUGGGGAAGCAUUGUGAUUGGUUCAGUCAACCACUUCUGAUGAUGUCAGCAGAUAGCGUUUUUUUGUUUUUCUUUUCUGAGGCAAACUGCAUGCAGAUCUACAGCUUCAUGCUUGAAUGCUUACAAUUUGGCUAUAUUUAUGGAGGCAUGAGGGACCCAGGGGAGCUAGAUGGUGGUUUUAACACUAUAGUGUCGGGAAUGCAUGUUUGUGUUCCUGACCCUAUAGUGAACCUUUAAUAUUAUGAUAUGAGGGCUUUGUUUUUUUGUAAGUUAUGUGAUUUAUAUAUAUAAUUCUUUAUUUAACCGUUGGAUAAAGGUCACACAGUGAAGCCAAAACAUUGUUCUUGUAAAUUGGUUAUCUUGGUAAAGUGUGCACUACCUGAAGUAAUUGUGCUCUGGAUUCUUUGUAUAUAUUGAGUGAUUUAUCUGUGUCACCAUACUGGCGUUUCAACCCUGAUAUCAGCAGAGGGAUUUCCCAGUUUAUACAUUAGAGUGCUCUGUAAUGUAUGAGUGCAGCAUGAGAUUAGGAUCUCUUCCCUCCUGCUCAGCUCCAGCAUGAUGUCACUGUUGUUUACAUUGUAAUUGGUGCUGGGCAAGAGGCACAGCUCAGCCCCACAUCACUGUUGAUAUGUAAAGCGCUGCGGAAUUUGAUGGUGCUAUAUUAAUAAUAAUAAUAAUAAUAAUAAUAUGAUGCUGGGAGAGUCAACCAGGGUCUUUUCAGAACCUUGGGGGUCUUUGUCCCCUGCAAGCUUUAAAUCCUCUAGGAUUUAAAGCCAAUUACCCUGCCUGAAUGUGAUCGCUCAGCCAUGGUAAUUUACAGGGCUAUGUGCAAUGCUCACAGGCAUAGAACGUGCAGUCCCGUAUGAGUUAAGCAUUGCAGAUCCAAUUCAAUGAAAGUAUAUUCAAUAAGACGGAAUUUCUUGCAUUUGUUAUAAAUAUCCAGAGAUUGUAGGUCUGCAAUGGCCAUACAGGUAACCAGGAAGUGCUUCAUCCAAUUCAAAAGCUUCCAUUAUUUUUAAUUGAGGUUGGGGUUCAUGGGAUAUGUAGUUUGCUACAUGGCAUUAAUGCCUUUUUCAUUAUUCAAGCAAUGCAGCUGCUUUCAGUUCAUGGACUGUUUUGUUCAUAGUUUUGUGGGAGGAGUUAGAAGAUGCUGUUGCAAAUGAACAACACAAGUGUUCUGGUACCUUCACAGUGGGCUGUGAGGAAUCCUGAAAGGGAGGUGCGAAAUUGUAUAGCUUGCACAAGCAGAAGAGGAACCAUAGUUCCUUCAUGUGAUGUCUGUCACUGAGUGGGUGGGUGUAGGAGUAAUUUGUUUUUGCAUAUUGCUGCAGUUGUGUGUUGGGAGUCUAGUCCUGUAACCAAGUAAACUUGCAGAAGCCAGACACAGAGAGAUGGAUGCAGGUUUUCAGGAAGUAAGAGGUCUUUAUUAACAUACCGAUCUGGUCUCAGAUGAACUAACGUUCCAUAACAGGUCUGAGGGCCGAACACAUGGAGUACAUGCUUUUUAUAGAACUAUAACUCCUCCCAUUAAUAGCUCCACCCGCACAUACCCUUAACCAAUCGGUGGACAGGAUUUGGAUUUCCUUAUAUGGGCAGACCACAUGGCUCAUCCGAAACAAAGGAGAAAGGAAUGUGAUUUCAGUUCCUGCAUUCCUGCACAUGCUCAGUACAUUGAUGACAGUAUCUUAGUUACGUGUAACUAACGAACUGAAACAACAUACACAUAUGCCUCGUGGAAAUCUCGGCCUACUAAAUUUACAUUUCACCGAUAUUCCAUCACAGUACGUCCUUGCACCUAAGGUUAUGCAAGUUGUGAUAGUGAUUAUAAUCUGUGUAUGAAGAAUUAUAUGCAUAUACUAUACCUGUUACUAUAGUAAAUUAUAAAAACAAAGAUUUCCAUUAAUCUUUUCAUGGCUAUUCUCCAAAUUGAAAAUUGAGUUGAUGCUAUUAAAUUCAGUUGAAAAUAGAAGAUUUUGAAACUUUAUUUUUUCCCGUCCACUUUAAACACAACUCCCGGAAUAGGCAGUAGCGAACGGGAUAACACCGUUUCUCAUGAAUCGCUUUGUAAACUGAUAUAAUCUGUUUGCACAUGCAAGUCAUUGAACAGGAAAAAAAAACGUGUUUUUUUGUUUUUUUGUUUUUUUUAUUAGUUUUUUACUUUUACAUUUUAUUUCUGUAUAGACAAAAAAAAAAUACUCAUGUGUAUUUGAACAGAAAUGCAAUAGAUAGAUUUCAUGCCAGAUUUGUUUCCUGGCUGCAAAAUAGAUUUAUCUAGGACUUAAAGGGACAUUCUAAGCAAGCAAACCACUGCACCCUCAAGUGCCAUUCCCUUGUUGCCUUGCCUUGGUUUAAUAUAAAACCAUUCUGAAAUACCACCUCUUGGCCACAUUACUAAUGUGAAAUUAACACCUAUGCAUUACUAAUGUAAAUUUCACCCAACCUGCUUGAGGUAGGCUAACCCAGUACUCUGCCAGUGUUGUGCGGGUUGGACAAAAUUUACAUUAAUAAAGCGGACGUUUUUGUAUUAUUUUGGACAAGAAAGGCAGAAGUUAGCAUGCCUACAGUUGUUUCUGUACUUAGGUUUAGAAGCAUGGCUUCAAGCCACUCCUGAAAGUCCUCUGGGUAUGAGGGCUGGGACUAUGCUUCCUUGCUCUCAUACCCUAACAUACCGUGGCGUUAAGUGUAUAUGCACAGUGAUAUCACAUUCUUUCAUACAUAAUCAUUGCCUGAGGAGCAUAGGAUUGGACCUCAUCCUGGAGGUAUGCAGCGGCAAUGCUGUUGGAAACUCUGCACUGGAAGCUUAAUCAAUUAAAGGAACACUAUUGUGUUGGGAAUACAAAAAACCUUUGCCUGACGCUCUAGUGCCUGUGAGGUUGCUUAGGUCCCUGAAAAGCUCUGAAAAGCAUCUCUUUGGGGAACAUUCAGCACCUGCAUGGAGAUGCUGAACGCCAGUACUGCACACUGCAGCACGGUCAUAGGAAGCACUUCUAGUGGCUAUCUGACUGCCAUUAGAGGAGUUGGUAGGCAGCAAUGUAAACCCUGCCUUUACUCUGAAAAGGCAGUGUUUACAUUUAAAAGCCUGCAGGGACAGUCUAUACUAACCAGAGUCACUACAUUAAGCUCUAGUGGUUCUGGUGACUAUAGUGUCCCUUUUAAGCAUUUUUUGUGGGCCAGGGUGCACUAAAAGUAGGGAUGCGAAUACUGUAGUGUUAGCAAUACGUAUCUGUUUUACCAACGCUACAGUGUUCCUUUAAGGUCACAAUAUUAUGGACUGUUAGAAAUCAUACAUCUCUGAUAAGAUAGUACUUAAGCCAUAUUAAAUUUUACAUUGCUUGGAAAGAGAUUAGGGAGAAGGCCCCAACUCAGUAGAGAUUGUGCAUAUACAUCUGGUGUUCCAAAUUUAUAACGGGCAUCAGGCAGCUCUGUCUGACUGGCUUUUUUUUUUCUUGUUAACAUUAAAUGGAAGGAUGUGUUUGGGGACUCCAGCCACUUCAAUGAAAUCAAGCAGUUACAGUGCCUAUAUAGUCCCGUUUAAGUUGGAUAACCGAUGCUGCUUUUGGAUUACUAUUUAGGAACACGACUGCAGGAUCCUCCAUAUUGUGCAUGUGCAAAUAGAGCGAGCGAGGGUUUAGGGUGUGAGCAUCUGGAAAAUCCUGUUUGUGUCAAAUUUGCACCAAUAACCUGCUACCACAACAUUGGACUAUAAUUAUGAUGCUCGACUGUCCCAUUACCAGAUUGCAGAUAAAAGUUCAUUUAAUACCCAAAAAGCACUUUAAAUAUUUUCUCAAUGUAUUUCAAAUUCAUGUAAUAUUAAAUGUCUACUUUUAUUUUUUUUAUUUAAAUUUUUUUUAUUUUGUUUCGUAUUUCCAUAGAUUUUCUUUGUUGUUUCUGGACCAAGAAGAAUAUUUUUUUGAGCAGCACUUAGCCUGUCAUAUAUCCAAAGGAAAUGAUCAUUCCGAAAGGUAAAACUUCACAACAUUCUUAUAAAAUAAAUAAAAUAUUUUUUUUAUGUAUGUGAAAGGGUAAACCAUUUACAGAAUAUUGUAAUGGUAAGUGAUAAACCAGUAUGGCGUGCCAGAACACUUUCCCUGUGGAAACGAAUCUUGAAUGGGGGGGGAAAAAGGAAGGGAAUAGUACAGGUGUCAUUACCAAUCAAAACUCAUAAUUGUGAGAAUGAUUACUGUAACAAGCUAGCCCCCAAACACCCAAAAAUGCAAGUAAAUCAGUUGUGCCUGGAAGGGAAAUUUAAUUUAUUUUUAACCACUUCACCACUAAGCACCUUGAUUUUAAAAAGUGUUAGUGUAACAUUUUAUUUGAAAAUAAAUUCAUAUAUACUAUAAAAAAUACGUCUGCUGUAUAAAAGUUAAUAAUGACAUCUGUUCACACAAACCAGAAUGAUAUACUUCUUAUUGGAGCAGCCUGUACCUGGUGAAGCUGCUUUAGAACAAGGCAAGAAGACUUUAUAUUGGUAAUGCAAUAAUGUCAUUGGUGCAUUAACAAUAGAAUAAUGUAUUUAAAAUACUUUGGGGAACUUCUGUGUGGGUUUUAUUUUCACUUUUUUUCUUUUUUCAUGUUUUAGGAAAAUCCGCGGCUCACUUAAAGUAUGUUCAAAAUCACUUAUUUUUGAACCUGAUGAUAUAAAUAUACCUAUCUACAAGGUACGUAAUUGUAUUACAAAAAACUGAAUCAGAAAUUCCCAACCCCCUACAAGCCUACACCUGGAGAAUUCAAAGUCACAUGUCCAUUUUUACAAAAUGGCUUUUUGGUUACACAAUCUAACUUUUCAUGCACUAAUAUACUGUGAUACAGGGAAAAUGUACACUCCUAAGCAAAAACAAACAGCACCUUGAAAGAGCUCCCUGUACUCCAGCUGAGUACAUCUGGAAGAAUCUCCCAAGUCCCAAAUGCCGUAGUUAUUAUAAGUGGGAAUAUAGCUCCCAAUUCCCCAAACAUGAGCCUAGAGUUCCUAAAAGGGGUAAGAUGAUCUGUUUAAUCCAAUGGCCUGCUUUUAUGCAGUACCAGGACACAGAAAACACACCCAUGACACUCCCACACAAAACAGGGUAAUGCCUCCCCUGGGAGAUAAUUCAGUCAGGAAUUGUACUCAAUUGCCUCCAGACACAAGAAAAAAAACAUACAAUUUACUAAUCACCCUAAAUGCACCUUCAAAACACAUGAAUACCCCACAAACGUCACAUCCCUUGAUAGCCCCGAUCUUGGUGACCAACAUAUCCAGAAAUCAUCCAUAUGGGUUCAGGGGUUCGAGAUUUCCUUGGAAGUCAGUUAUUUGACCGGCCGCGCACAUGGUCCUAUGCCCAAAACCGUUCUAUGAAAACAGGGCUAGAGGUCGGUCAAUUUUGGUAACAUAAAAACAAAGUUUAAAUGGAUUCACAAAUUGAGGUAGAGAAUGGUUCCUGGGAAGGCAAAAUUGGGGUUUUGUCACAUUGUUUUUGGAUGUUAGAAAAAUAUAUCUUUAGGUUUUGUAAUGUUACAGAUUGCCCUGCGGGACUGCACAAGAAUUGAUGAAGUAGAAGAUGGAAACACAGAAUUAUUAUUCUCAAGGUAUGUCUCAUUAUACUUUUUAUAACAUUUUACCAUGUUUCUUCUUACAUCCUAUACUUCUUUAGUUGACAUGUAACGGUUUUCUUUCUUUUUUUUUUUUUUUUCCUCCCCUUCUUUUUCUUAGCCACUCACACAGGCGAUUCUCUGUGCUAUUUACUCAGGUAGGAUCAUCCAGUUUCUCUGCACAUUUAAACUUAACAAACGACACCUAUUUUAAUAUAUUUUAAUGUUAUGUAGCCAAGAAGGAAUAUCGACAACAGUCUCUAGAACACAUUGUCUGAACAUAGAUUUUUCUUAACAGUAAUGUGUUUUCCGGUGGCUAUUUGAAGGUUUUGAGUUUAUUUGUUCUGUUUUUGUACAAUACUGAUUGGGUUAUAGCGUUCUGAACAACACAACUUACAGGACUAGUGUCUGACAUGAACUUGAAACAUAGUAGCAUUUUGCUUAGUCCAUUGCAUGUUUUCUAUGUUUUAUUAUGGAUGGACUAUUAAUUACCUGCUAGACCUUAUAACAGUCUCAUGUGUGUUAAAGUUAAAUGAACAGAGCAGGAGAUAAGAAUUUCUAACGUAAACACACUGUGCUGUCAAACUAAGAACAGAUUAUGUAUUAUCUCACACUUCUAAGGAUGCUUGAUUGUUGCUUCUGAUUAUGUAAAAAUUUGAUUAUCCAGUAUGGACUCUGCUACCCCAUAAAAAAAAUUACCUGUAGUCUGCUCCAAUUCUCUGUUUGCACUGAACUGAGACUUAAAUGAGCAUCCUUUUGGGAAUGAAAUGGAGACUGCUCUGAAACUGUGAACUGUGAAUUUACAGUAGUACACUGUCCUAUGGAGUGUGAAGUGAAAUUUACUGUAGUAUUGUGUAACAUGAGAACUUCCAAGACAGCUUGCACCCAAGUAAAGUUUUGCUGAUCCUCUGCUUACUUCAACACUGUGCAAGAGAUAGCUUUACAUGUGAAAAUAAGUUGACCUUUUCGGACACAUGAAUUAAAUCUUAGGAGCUAGAUCUAUUGGUUUUACCUGUAACAUGUUUGUGGUGUAUAACUUUUAUUUAUUAUUGAUCAGGUUUACCUCAUUAAAGAGCAGAAUACAGUAGCACCUUACCGAAUUGAACGUGUAAGUAAUGGUUUGCAAUAUUAAUGAUCUUUGUCUUUUUGUCCCUAUCUCUCCCGCUCCAGUUAAAAUUAGACCUUGUUCUCGCAGCAAUAAAUUUUGCCAAAGUCACAUUUAAAUACACUAAAAGAAAUAUAACCAUUUUACUUAUAGAAUUGGUUAUAGUGCCUGGAGUCCUCUGGUGCUGUCUCACCAUUUAGUGUUAAACUGUUUUCAAGCUGUUUAACACUAAGGAUCCCUGACUACCCAUAGUCCAGCCCCUCUGGAUGUUUGGUUAAGGUAAAGAUUACAUAUUUCCUUCUAGCAAUGCUAAUUGAUACCAGCAAUGGGUGCUGUAAUAGGCUGAAAGUGGUCAUCUGAUACACAACCCAUCAUCGCCGCCCAUUGCUGUUCAGGCUAAUGCUUCCUUAUUAGCCCAAGUAGCACAGAAGAGAUGGGCUGCUGGGGAUUUAAAGCCUUUACCAGUUGGCCUUAAACUUGAAAUGCAAUUUGGGAAAACAAGUGGAUUUCCCAAAAAUUGGAUUCUGCUGGCUGGUGCUUUUGAGAGUUAAUGCUUGCUCCUCUCCUUGUGUGUCUGUGUGGGCUAGGAGGAGGAAGUGACAGCCUCUAACUUCCUCCCAGCACUCCAUGCAUAUAAGGUUAAAGUUCCGUAGUGCAUGACCAGGACCCUGAAGGGACAUGUCCACCCCAUAGGCCCUCUCACCCUGCGGUUCCCAACCUGGCAGGUGUACCUGCACUGGCAUUACUGAUUUUCAUUUAGAAAAAAAAUACACUUGGGGGUAAGCUUGGGAACUGCUGAUCUAGCAAAUGUUUAACGGGUUACUCCAACCCUAUUUUAUUUAAUAGUUUAGUUUUGGACAUUUUGUGUAUUGCUCCCCUUACCCUUAUUUUUUAUUAACCCCUUAAGGACCGAGGACGGUUCAGGACCGUCAUCGGCAUUUUUGCGUUGCCGACCGAUGACGGUCCUGAACCGUCCUAACGGUCUCGGGGUACUUACCUGAUCGCCGUCGUUCCCCCGGCGGCAAUCAGCGUGGCUCCGGUUGUGGGGAGACUGCCUGCAGCCCAGACAGUCUCCCCACGGCAGAUUAGGACCCCUGUGGCCAUGUGAUCGCUUAACACAGCGAUCACAUGGUCACAAUAGGUGUCCAUGUGUCUGCCUGCAGGGGGACUGUCUGUGCUGACAGGCAGUCUCCCUGCUAGUGUAAAAUCAGAAAAAAAAAAUAAAGUUAGUGUUAAUUAAAAAAAAUAAAAUAAUUAUAUAUGUGUAUAUAUGAUAUAUAGACAUAUAUUAUAUCUAUAUAAUAUAUGUCUAUAUAUCAUAUAUAUAUAUGUCAUACUAAGUGUAUUUUUAUAUUAAUAUGUACUUAUAUUAAUAUAAAAUACACUUAUAAUUAAAUUACACACGUAUAUAUAUAAUAUAUAUAAUAACUAUAUAUAUUGUAUAUAUAUAUUAUUAUAAAAUAUAAAUAAUAAGUAAUUUAAAUUAAAUAAAUUUUUUUUUAAAUAAUAAUAAAAAAUUUAAAAAAAAUUAUAUAGCUAUAUGAAAUUUUAUUCUAACUGUAUUUUAAAAUUAAUAUAUAUAUAUUUAUAUCAAAAUACACUUAGAAUGAAUUUGUAUAUAUAUCUAUGUAUAUAAAAAUAAAUAAAAAUAAUAAGAAAUAUACAUACGUCCAUAUACAAAAUUACAUAAAUAAUUAUAUAAAUAUACACGUAGACUUCAAAUAUAUAAAUAUGCAUAUAUAUUUAAAUUCUACGUGCGUAUUUAUGUAAUAUUUUUACAUAAUUCAGUAAUUUUAUUGAUUGCAAUUUGAGGGACCUGCCUGCCAACCCAGGCCCAAAUUCCAGAGAAUUUAAUUUGCUAGCACUGUAUUUUACCCUGUAACGUUUUACGACACCCUAAAACCUGUACAUGGGGGGUACUGUUUUACUCGGGAGACUUCGCUGAACACAAAUAUUAGUGAUUCACAACAGUAAAACAUAUCACAGCGAUGAUAUUGUCAGUGAAAGUUACUUUUUUGCAUUUUUCACACACAAACAGCACUUUUACUGAUGAUAUAAUUGUUGUGAUACGUUUUCCAGUUUUUAAACACUAAUAUUUGUGUUCAGCGAUGUCUCCCGAGUAAAACAGUACCCCCCAUGUACAGGUUUUAUAGCAUUUUGAAAGUUACAAGGUCAAAUAUAUGGGUCAAAUAUUUUUACAUUGAAAAUGGCUAGGUUGGUUACGUUGCCUUUGAGAGCGUAUGGUAGCCCAGGAAUGAGAAUUACCCCCAUGAUGGCAUACCAUUUGCAAAAGAAGACAACCCAAGGUAUUGCAAAUGGGGUAUGUCCAGUCUUUUUUAGUAACCACUUGGUCACAAACACUGGCCAAAAUUAACGUUCAAUUUAGUUUUUUUACUUUUUUCACACACAAAACAAAUAUGAAUGCUUACUUUGGCCAGUGUUUUCAACUAAGUGGCUACUAAAAAAGACUGGACAUACCCCAUAUUGAAUACCCUGGGUUGUCUACUUUUAAAAAAAUAUGUACAUGUGGGGUGUUAUUCAGAGAUUUAUGACAGAUAAUAGUGUUACAAUGUCACUAUUGAUAAAUUUAAAAAAUUUAUGUUUUGAAACCGCAAUAUUCUACUUGUACCUAUAGCCCUAUAACAUGCAAAAAAAGCAAAAAAGCAUGUAAACACGGGGUAUUUUUAAACUCAGGACAAAAUUUUGAAUCUAUUUAGCAGUUUUUUUCAUUCGCUUUUGUAGAUGAGUAAAAGAUUUUUCAAGUAAAAGUCAAAAACAUGUAUUUUUUUUCAAUUUUUCAUCAUAUUUUUUUAUUUUUUUUAAAUUAAAAUACAUGAGAUUAUAUAAAUAAUGGUAUGUAAAGAAAGCCCCCUUUGUCCUGAAAAAAACAAUAUAUAAUUUGUAUGGGAACAGUAAAUGAGAAAGCGGAAAAUUACAGCCAAACACAAACACCACAAAAGUGUAAAAAUAUUCCUGGUCGCAAAUGUACAACAUCGCAAAAACAGUCCAGUCCUUAAGGGGUUAAUUUGGAGCAUUUCUACACCCUGCCAAUCCUUGUACGGCAACUUUCCUUUCAGUAGUCCAGUUAAAGUUUCUCUAUAGAAAAUAUUUGAUUGGGCCGUGCUCGUAAACACACUCUGAGGGGAGGGAGGAAAUGUGAAGUGGACAAAGGGAGGGCAUAAACAUAAAUAAACCUGCUGCAUGUUAGAGACCUGUAGGGUUGCUUGGUGGGAACAAAUGAGGUUUGGGUGGAGGGAGAGGACAUAUACGCUUUCCCUUGAAGGCUUGUUCCCAGCACUGCCUGUAAGGCUAGAAGCUGAUUAUAUAUGUUGCUAUGAUGCAGCAUGUACUAACGACCGGUGUAAUUUUUGUACAAAAUUAACGUAACUAGUCCCCAGGUCGAAACUGGAGAUAUCUCUGUAUGUGCAGCAUAUCCAGCUGAAACACUGCACAUGGAGAUUCCUUCCAUUAUGACCACUUUCAGAAGCAUAAGCAGUCAUAGAGGUUGGAGUAGACCUUUAAUCUCUCCAAAGAGAUUCCACAGAAUAGCAAAGAAUGUGAAAUUCACCUUUCUGUAGCGCUUAUUCAUUAUGUACCGCAUUGAAAUCCAAAUGGAAAAAUUUAAGCUAACAUAGCCGAUCUUGAUAAAUUCUCCAACUCUGCUUUAGACACAGCUUAACUAGUUCAGCCUGGAUUUUUAAUGGGCUUCAAUUCAGUACAGUUUUGAGUUUAGUGAAUAAAGGGUUUUAGUUCUAAGCUAUCGAUUGAUAAAGAAGUUUACUUUAAAUAAAUUAUAAAGUUUAACAGCUUUACUGCAAUUACUCAUUUCAAAUGUAACUUGAUUAAGGAAGCAAUUUUUUUUUUUUUUUUUUACAUUUUAUUUUUUCCUCUACACCUGAUUUGUAUCUCCUGAUGUAUAUUUGUAACUAGCAUGAUGGAAAUAUAUGUACUUAUAACUUCCCCUUUUUUUUUUUUUUUUUUUAAACCACAAAUUUUAAGAUUUAGAAAAAAAAGUCUGGCUUGUGAAGCUCAAGAUUUCAACAUCAGAAUUUCCUAUGACAAAAUUAAACUGUUAAAAAGCGUCUCCAUUUUCUAUCCGUUGACUUCCAUAUAAUGUGCUUUCUGGGGACAUCUGUUUAAAAUAAAAACAAAAAGGCAUGGUUGAUACCAAUAUAAGAAGCUGAAUUAUUUUGAAAAUGUAGUUGACUGCUUACCUUAAGAGCUCUUAUUUAAAAAAUCUAUUGAUUUAGUUAUUGCGUCAGAAAUAAAAAUGUUUUUUUUUCCCAAUGCCAUAUUGCCCUAGGAGUUGUGUAGGUGACCGGCCCUCCACCUGUCAUUUACUUUUUUCUCCCUGUCAGCAAAGGUCUCCUUGGCUGAGAUUAUCGAAACUGAUAGCCAUAGCCAAAUCAAGGCAUUGUAAUAGUAGAGCAUUGUUAAAAUGCAAUGCUAUACCAAUCAGUCUCUCUAAUACCAUCUGGUACAAAUGGCAGGAAUGUACUUUUAUUUGCUGGAAGCGGAAUAAUUAAGCUUCCAGUUUGGAUUUUUUUUUUUUUAAUAUUAUUUUUUAACAUGAAAUUAGAAAGUUACUGUAAAUUUCUAACAAAUCUCACUUUAGUAAAUAACCAUGUAAUACUUUCAAAACAUGAUGUUUCUUAAAGAGGAAGGGAUCAACCUUACUUUCCAAUCAAUUGCAAUAUUUUUUGCUAGAGAAAAGACACAUCUAUGCACUAAAUUCUUAUGUUUGGCACUAUGUCCACCCAACACACACAAUGUUGUCUUAAAUUAAUGUAGCUGAAGCUAGAAUAACACAUGGGGCUUUUCAUGAGGCUCCAAACUUUGUUGAAUUAAAUUUUUAAUUGUAAAAUUUUAAGCUAAAAUAGCCAACCUGCGACUAGAGCAAAGUUGGAGAAUUUUUCUAGAUGAGUAAUUUUUCAAAAGAGAUUUAAUUUACUACUUGAAUGUGUUAUGUCCCUGCUUUAAAUAAAUUUAUUGCUAUGCACUUCUUUGCAUUAAUCGAUGAGUGUACUGAUAUAACGGACAACUUGAAUUUACAGUAAAACUGUCUUAAUAUUUUAUUUUUCAUUUUUCUUCUCAACCACUUUUUAGGGUGAAAACCGUUUUAUCUUUCAGCUGGAGGAAUCCAGGAAGCUUGAGGAUGUUGUUCAGACUUUGCAUCAGGUAUAACAUUAUAAAAUAAUGUGGGUUGUGAGACACGCCAGACUAAUGUUAAGAUAUUAUACAUAAGGGAUGGGGAUUUCCUAUCGCCCACUGCCCAGGCCAUGCAGUUCUGGUCAGGAAGAUUUUUGUGCCUUUAGCUCUGCUGUGGACAGUUGGCAGGGCUGCAGUGGGGGCAGAGUUGUCUCUCGGCAGGGAACAUUUGGUCUGACGUUCUGGAGGAUGCACACCACAGUAGUCAUUCCAGCGCUCACUAAUGAGAGCACAGCUGCCGGGAUUUCUAGUAUGUGCUGACUUAGUGAGUGCUAAGGUACUGUGGUCUGCAUCGAUUGUACCACAUAGGAUCAUGGCACCCUUCGCUGCAGGAUAGGGCAGGCUAAUCAAAAUGUGCACACACAUUUACACACAGCCAGCACAUGCUCUAACACCAUAAAGGUUACUCACUCCAGUAGCCAAACUGGAAGCAAUACUGAAUUAGAGAAUUUUCAGUUUGGCUAUUAUUGAACUAAGUUUGAAAUUCACAUUGAAUAUACAUUGAAUUCCCACUUUCGAGAAUAAUCCUGUAUAUGGGGAGCGAAGGGUGUCAGUGUGAGGCAUUUGCGCUUCAUUUGUGAGUAGCCUUGUUGAAGAGAAACCUUGUCGUUGUCCAAGUGGAAGGUACUUUGGAAUAUACAUGACUGAUGCAAAUACUUCAGUUAAAGGAUCACUCUACACCCCAAAAGAACUUCAGCUAGUAGUAUCCUAGUUUAACCCCAGUUUUUAAAAAUGUGCAGCUUUCUAUGAGGGUGUUAAUUAGGAACACCCCAUUGCUGUGAAACAGUCAGGGAGGUUUGAUGCCCUCUUCCAUUAGCUCCCUUGAGCUAACAAAAGUGGCAGGCACACUCUAAUUGAGUGUAUCUGCAUAAUAUCACAAAGACCUCAGACCAGACUUGCACACCAGGGUUACGUGUACACGUGGAGACAAAUUCUGAGGCUUCUCAAGAAAAAAGUGAAGGCCCUGCUAAGGCUGCAAUUCAUGGGCUGUGCAGCCUAGGCAAGCUCUUUUAAGAUAUAGCACCAAUGAAUACAUGCAUGAAAAUGUCAUGCAUGUAUUCAUUGAGGGUAUAUUAAAUAAAGUUAAUUAUUUUUGCCUAUUUGGGUAGUGGAGUGUUCCUUUGAGUUCUGUGAAAGCACUUGCAACAGUACUGAGAUUUGCCAGCAUGACCUGUAAUUUAAAUUUACAUCCCUACAUUAUUAUUAUUAUUAUUAUUAUUAUUAUUAUUAUUAUUAUUAUUAUUAUAGCAUUUAUAUAGCACCAACAGAUUCCGUAGCUCUUUACAAUAUUACAAUAUGGGGGAUUUAACUAUAAAUAGGACAAUUACAAGAAAACUAACAGGUUUAGUAGUUUAAAGAGGACCCUGCUUAAAUGAGCUUAGUCUAAAGGAGGUGACGUGUAAAACACAAUAGGGCAGGAAAUGGCAAUCAAAUAAGAUGAGAGUGAAGCAGAGCUGGUGGAGAGAGUAGAGUGCUGCCUUUUAAGAGAAAGCAUGGGACAGGUAUGUGAGGUAGAGGUUCCUCUCGGAGGCCAUAAGCUUUCCUAAAGAGAUGGGUUUUAAGGCACUUCUUAAACGAUUUAAGACUAGCGGAGAUUCUGAUGGCGGUAGGCAGGCUAUUCCAUAGGAAGGGAGCCAUCCGUGAGAUGUCCUGCAAGCGUGAGUAAUUUUUGUACAAUGAGGGCUAGAAUUGUUCAGUGCUUUAUAGGUAUGGGCUAGUACUUUGAAUCCAAUGUAAAGACUGACAGAGGGGUGAGAGGACCAACUAGAACGGAAAAUCAGUCUGGCGGCAGCAUUAAUUAUAGACUGUAGUGGGGCAAUACGUUUUUGUUUGAAGACCACUUAGGAGAGGGUUACAAUAAUCCAAGCAGGAAAUUACUAGAGCACGGACAAGCUCCUUAGUAGCAUCUUGUGUAAGAAAGGGGCGAAUGCAGGCUUUGUUUUUAAGCUGGAAUCUACUGGAUCUGAGGCUCAGAGGUGAGGCCAGAAUAGAGUAUGAUGCCAAGACAGUGUGCUUGCAAGGCUGGACUGAUGUUGAUACCACUAACUUGAAGGGAGAGCGAAAAAGGAGGAUCCGUAUUAGGAGAAGGGAAUACGAGGAGCUCCGUUUUAGAGAGAUUUAGUUUCAGAAAGCGGGAGGACAUCCAGUCAGAGAUGCGGGGAGGGGGGAAGACAAGCGGUGACACGUUACAUCACGGCAGGGGAGAGGUUCAGGGAGGAGAGAUAUAUCUGGGUUUCAUAGGCAUACAGGUGGUAGUGGAAUCCAAAUGAGGUAAUAAUUUUUCCCGAGAGAGGUAGUAUAAAGAGAAAAUAGAAUGGGACCAAGGACAGAGCCUUGGGGGACUUCAACCGAGACAGGACAAAGGGAGGAGGUAUCAUUCGAAAAGGCGACAAUGAAUGAGCGUUGGGAUAGAUAAGAUGAAAACCACGAGAGGACAGACACAGAGUGAUUUAAGAGUUUGAAGGAGGAGUUAAAGGCACCUAAGAGGUCCAAGAAUUUGGAUGUCCUAAAUACAUUAUGGUGGACAGACCCAGUUAAUUGCAACCCAUACAAGACUCCCCUCUUGACUUUGGACACUCAAUGUGUAUUUUUUGUUCUGAAGUUGAAGUAUGCUGUAAGCCUACCAUUUCUAGUUGGAAGCCCUGUUACUAGAAUCUCUUGUUGUGUGCUUCACAGGUGACUUCUAAAAUCCCAGAAUAUUAUGAUGAACAUGCAAUCCACUUAUUUGGUGCAAUACAUUUCACUGUGUAUUUAGAUUUGUGGCUACAUUUUGCUUUAAAAGCCUAUCUGCCAUUCUGGACUUCAAUGAGGUUGCAUAGAGCUGCACCUUACAGGCUUCCAAAGGUUGUUUUAACCUUUCAUACUAGCUGUAUUUAAGGUGUCUGAUUAGGGCUGUGUUCAUCAACUUAGAGUAAACGUUUGAAUUUUAACCCCUUAAGGACACAUGACGUGUGACAUGUCAUGAUUCCCUUUUAUUCCAGAAGUUUGGUCCUUCUGGGGUUUAAAGUGGUUUACUUUUGCAUUUUCUUUAAAGGCUAGCUGCUGUAUAGAUUUGUACAAUGACUAUCUUUCUGAUGCUUUUCAUUAUUACCCCCUGCAAAAUAUUAUGCUGAUAGUGUUCCAGUGCCCCCCCCCCCUAUUUGUAUGAUCAAUGUGUAUUUUUCUUACCUACUUACCCCCGGUUUCAAAAGGGGCUUUCAGUGUAGUGGUUAUCGUGUAAAGAGCCUAUGGGCACUGUCACUUAUAGGUUGACCAGCCCCAACUUCUAGAACCAUAAUUGGGGAGGAUAUGACUUAUCUUAUCCCUUAGUGACAUCAAAAAUCUUAAUAAAAUGGAGAAUCUGUAGUUGGACAUGCAACUUGUCGUUCUUUUUAAUUCCAAAUUGCAGUGUAUUGAAAAAAGAAUUGCAGAGUUUAGACUUCUAAAUAUUAAUCAAUUUACUGAAGGUAAAACUGUAAAAUGUAACACCAGGAUUUAGUAAAGCAUAAAUAUUUAACAUGGUUUGUACUCAAUACAUUGGGAAUGUGGUCUCCUUUCCUGAUCAGCUGUGUUUGGCCUAAGAUACCCUGGUCAGUGUUUGACUAAUCCACUGGUUGAAUAACUAACAAUAAAAAAUAUGGAGGAAAAAUGAUUUUAAGAAGUGGUAUUGUAAAUUUGUAUUCAACACGAGUUGCUUCUACCUUGGUACUAAUCUAUAAACUUGAUCUAAUUUCCAGCUUCAAAGAGCGUCUUACCUAGAUAAGCUUGGAGAUCAGACUGCUAUGGUAAGCUAAAAAUGUCAUUGAUGCCUAAAGCAUUGGGUGCUAAGCUGUAAAAUCGCCUGAAUCCCUUCUGCUCUCUUGCAUAUCUUCUCGAAGUGUAAUAUGUAUAUUUAGGCUGUAUUAGAAGCAGUAAAGUUGUUGUGUAUUAAAAAAAUAUAUAUAUUUUUUCAUAUUAGAUAACUGCAAUUCUCCAGUCACGUUUAGCCAGAACAUUAUUUGAUAAGAAUAGGUAAGUAAAUAUGACCACUUAUUGGCCAUUAUGUGACGGGAAAAUGGUGGGAGUUAAAUUGAAAAAGUGAACUUUUGGAACAAUUGGUUAAUUGCUCAAAAAAAGCCUCAGCAUUUCUUCAUUUGCACAGCUCCUGUUGUCUACUUUUGGGUGUUUUUUUUUGUUUGUUUUUUUUUUUUAACUUUCCUUAUUUCGUUGCAUUUAUUUAUUUAUUUAUUUUUCUCCAACUUUCUCUCGCUUGGCUGAUUUGAACUGCAUGGUAAAUGUUUACACGUUUAUAAAACUGUGAUGGAACAUUGGCUGGGGUGUUGAAAGCAACAUUGUAUAACCAUGUCUUGCAGCUUUCAAAGUGUGUCUGAAACUUCAAACAUGGAAUGUGAAGCAGAAAUGGUGACACCGCUUGUCAGUAAUCCUGGGCAUGUGUGCAUUACUGAUAAAUGCCUAUACUUCCAGCCAUUAAAUGGUUACCCGGUAAGUAAGCAAUAUUUAUGAGGGUGGUGUCUUUUGUUUAGUUUGUGAUCUUCGUGUGUAGAUUUUAGGUGUGAAAGUCACUGCAGUGCGAUGUUAGUGAGUGCCUCCUUUUUCACAUUUCCCUCUUCAGGUAUAAAUAAGUAAAAAUGUUUGGCAAAACACUAUAACAAUGUGGCAUUUUAUUCUUGCCAUAAGGCUGUUUUCUGCAAGCAAGACUAUUUUUCUUGUAUUACAGAAUAGCAGAAUUGCUUGCAAAUGUAAUGGAUUUUUCAGUAAAUGAUAAAAGAAUCAAUGGUAUAGACAGCAUGCAUCAAUGCUGCAUGCAGUGUGACAGGAGAACCCAAUACCACUUUCUUACUGGCAUAGUAACUAUAGCACAUCAGUUGUAUUCCCUUCAAUAUUUUCCUCUGGCAACACAUCUGAUCGCUACAUUCAGGUGGGAAUGCUUUGUCAAUGAAGUCUGUGUCUCAGUGUCAUGAUGUAAGUGUGCUUUGCAUAAGGAUCCCCAGAUGGGUCUGUCUGGUAGUUGUUGGGACAUAAUGUCAGGUAGACAUAGGUAUUAUUUUCAGUUGGCAUUGGAGAAGUGUUAAACUGACACUGUAGUCACCAAAACAACUUUAGCUCAGUGAAGUAGUUUUGGUAUAUAGAUCAUGCAUCUGCAGUCUCACUGCUCGAUUCUGUUAUUUAGGAGUUAAAUCACUGUUUAUGCAGCCCUAGCACACCUCCCUGCAUGUGACUCACACAGCCUUCCUAAACCCUUCCUGUAAAGAAUAUUCUAAUGCUUAUACUUCCUUUUUUGCAAAUUCUGUUUCACUUAUAUUUUCUUAUACCCUGCUUUAAUAGCUUGCUUCCUGCAUGUACCUAAAGUUAAAUUUACAGAGCAGGAGAAACAAACUUUUUUUAAAGUAAGUUACAUCUGAUUGAAAAUUAAUCAAUCUUGUUUUCAUGCAGGCUGUGUCCGUUACAGACAAGGGAGGUGUGACUAGGGCUGCAUAAACCGAAACAAAAAUGAUUAUAACUCCAAAACCGUAGUAAAUUGAGCAGUGAAACUGCAGAGGCAUGAUCUAUACACAAAAACUGCUUUGUUAAGCUUAGGUUGUUUUCGUGACUAUAGUAUCACUUUAAUAGUUUUAAUUGAUUUAGGAGAUGUUAAAUGCUUAACACUAUUCUAAGUGGUAAUAAAAGAAUGUAUGUGUGUUAUUAUAUAUUUGUGUGUACAUAGAUCCAUAUUAAAUAAACAUUGCAUUAACAUGGCAAUUUGGGGAGUGGUAUUAUGAAGAUAAAAGUAUGGAAAAGGUUUAAGUAUUUCCACUUAAACUAAAUAAUUUCUCUCAAACUGCUUAACAUGCAUUUAUGGAAUGUUUGAAUUUUAUGGCAAGACAGGAGGCUUCAUAUUUGCUUUACUUCCUUUACUGUUCCUCCCAGCAGCAAAGAAACAGUUAACAGAUUGAAAAAAAGAAACAACCAAUCCUAACACAUCUAGUCAUUAAUAAGUGACUGUGAAACUCCUCCCAAUUCCUCUUUCUUUGCUGCUUGCCUCCCAGGUGAGUCAAUUCUGAUUUCAGACCUUAUAAGAAUUUUUUAUUUAAAUUUAUUUAUUUCUGUCCAUAAUUAUAUAUUGUUUUACCCCUUUCUCCUGGGGCCGACCUUGGUUAUUCCCCUUUUUACACCACCCACGGCGAUCUUCUUGCCGACCGCGAUUUAACCGCGGCUUUGUUUACAUUUUCCCCGCUUAUUAGCCCGUGGCUUCCCUCCACCACCCACGGCGUUUUCCUUUCCGCCGACCGCGAUCUGAUCGCGGCUUUGUUUAUUGCCUGUCAGCUCUCACACAGCAGGGUCUCUCUGUACCUGCUUCCCGCGUUUUUUUCAUCAAAGCGCAGGCUCCGCCUCUGCACUAGCCGGCGGCCAUUUUCACUGUGCGGCAGUUUACCUCACUAACGGUUCUCUGCCUGUCAGUUUCUCACAAAGUGAUCUCAUUCGAAUUUUAAAGGUGUAUUUCCACCUUUUCUUUGCAUGCCAGUUAAGGUAAGUACUUUAUUCUCUAUCAUAUAUAUACACAUAUUAUUUGUUUUAUUUUUUAUUUUAUUCUAAAAAUCCCCUAUUUUACUUCACACAGGUUCUGUUCACAAACUUUAAAGUGUUUUUUUCCUGCCAUCACCGACAUCAGGCCAAACACUUUCUGCCACAAGGUUGACCCUCUUGCUAAUGACAGGUGACCCCUGUUUUUUGUGGUUACAGCGGUACCUUAAGGGCUCCGUUUGCUACCUAGCUUUCCAUUAAUUUGUGUCUCAGUGACAUUGCAGUGGGUGACUCCACUUUUUUCUUUGCAUCUUGGGCAACCCCCAUUUGCUUGUUUGGGUGACCCCCAAACUUAACUAUAAGGGUGACCCCCUUUUUUAUUCCUGGGUGACCCCCAGUUAUUGUCAGGGUGACCCCCUGCUACAUCCCCACAGGGUGACCCCCUGUCUUACAAUUUUAAGUUUAUUAUUUUUGUGUUUCAAGUUUGUUAAUAAUGUCUGAACAACAGGACACUGUCUCUGCUGAAUUAAAAUCCUGGCUUUUUUCAGCAAUAGCGGAAUCCAUGCCCAAAGCUAUUGCGGCUUACCACGAACAGGCUAAACCUGCUCCAAGGCCAACUACUGCAUUAAAUAUUUCCGACUCAGAAGAGUCUCACGAUUCUGACCAUGACGGGGCUCCGCGCAAGCGUCCCUGGAAGGGCAACAGUGUCUCCGCCGGUAAAGGCAAGGCACCUGCCAAAAAUGCUAGACUGUCACUUCCCUCCUCAAGCCUUCCAUUAUUGGAUCCCUUAGAGGGUUCCACAGCACACGACCUACAGGUCGUAGACGAGUACUGUGCAGGGUACUCGGACGAAGAAGACCUGGGUAAUUCUAGGUAUGUCAAGGAAUCCUACACCAAGCCAUUCGUGGUUAGCCCCAUGCCCACUAAUCCAUCACAAAAUAAGGAUCCUUUAACUGACAUCCUGCUGGAUGGUAACGGCCAACCCCUGUUUGAUCCUAGAAUAAUCAAACACCCCCGGUCCGCUGAAUGGGCACCACCUAGCCAUAUUGCUCAAUUUUGCAGAAUGUGGCUCAGAAAACCGCUAGAGAAGGAGAUCAGGAACAAAUUACGGGCUGAAUGCCCUCGACCUACAAUUCCGGAUAAGGUCGCCCUAACUCCCGAGUUUGAUCCACUCCUCAUUACCUUCCUCAGCAAGUCAGGAAAAGACCCACGCAAAGGCCUGGAACAGGGCCUCAAAACAGUCCAGGACAAAUUAUUGGAUAUUGCUGGCCCCAUUAUCCAGAUUUUUAUCUUGGCAGAUGAUGCCAUUGUUGAAGGUACCUUGGACCCACACUUGGUACGUGAAUGAGCCCAAAGAGCCCUGUGUCUUUUGGGGAAUGCUAACGUGGCUAUGUCCACUGAAAGAAGGAAAGCUGCGCUAUAUAAAAUAGACGCAAAAUUGGCAGAUUUGGGUUCCAAAGAACUCGGCCCAGAGGCCAACGGCCUCCUAUUUGGGGACCAGUUCAUGCGGGACCUCAACAGACACGUAUCUGUAUUCACCUCACUGAACAAGGCCCAGACCUCCCUUCGCAGGGUGUUUCGAACCAGCCGUUUCUCUGGCAGAGCCGGUCGCCACAGAGGCCGAGCUACCGGCAGGUCUGCCUUCAACGGCUACAGGCCUCGACCAAGUGAACCUUGGAACCCUGGUUAUGCCCGUCCCUAUCAUAGACAACUGUUUACCAACAGAGGAUCAAUCAGAGGACGUGGCUCUGCUUCUCUCCGGGGUCGAUCUGCUCAAGGUAAUGCACCUACCUUAUUCUCUAAUACGUAUUGCAGGCCGUUUAACUUGUUUUUUCCCACAGUGGUCCCUUCUCACUCAGGAUCCUUGGAUCCUUCAGACUGUUUCAGGUUUUCUUAUGGAUUUCAUCACCGACCCCAUACAGGACUCACUGCCCCCUCCCAUACGGAUGUCCCAGCCGGACACCACCGCCUUACAUGCAGAACUCUGCAAACUCAGAGACAAGGGCGCAAUCGAACCCUCUUCAUCCCCCCUCAGAUUUGUCAGCAACAUCUUUCUGGUUCGAAAAAAGUCAAACGAUUUUCGCCCCAUCAUCAAUCUGAGAGGGCUAAACCAAUUCAUUGUGUACAGGCACUUCAAGAUGGAGGGCAUACACUUACUCCGAGACCUUCUUUGCGAGGGAGACUGGUUCUCCCGUUUCGACCUCAGGGAUGCCUACCUUACGGUACCGAUUGCGCCCUGUCACCGCCCUUUCCUCCAGUUCAUAUGGCUUCAAGAGCUUUGGCAGUUCACCUGCCUCCCUUUUGGUCUCUCAUCCGCCCCUUGGUGUUUCACCAAGUUAAUGAAGCCAGUUAUGGCUCUUCUCCGAUCCCAAGGGGUCCGGUCCAUCGUCUACCUAGACGAUAUAUUGAUCAUGGCACAAGACCCCAAUACGCUUCGGAAACAUACAAAUAUGACCAAAUGUCUCUUACAAAACCUUGGUCCGCUGUCCCAAGCCGUAGACGCUUUUCUACAACCCUGGCCUUUGACAGGAGCAUACGCCUUCCCACCGUUCUCCCUGAUCCCUCGCACUCUACACCGUCUCAGGAUUCUGGGAGUCGGGAUCCUGUUAAUAACUCCCCUCUGGAGAGCCCAACCCUGGUACCCCAACCUCUUAGAGAUGUCCACAGACUACCCUCUGCUUUUACCCCUCACCCCAGACCUUCUCAGAGAUCCAUUCGGAGCAUAUCAUCCCCUGGCCAUCCAGGGACACCUCCAACUGGUGGCCUGGACCGUUUCAGGGGAUCCUGGUUCGUCCCGGGCCUUUCAGGCUCAGCUCGCAACCUCCUCUGGGAUUCAUGGGCCCCAGGCACCCGAAAGUCAUACCUUUCGGCGUGGUCAGCCUGGGCUCGCUGGUGUUUGGAAAGGGAUAUUGAUCCCUUUUCAACGACUCUGGUGAAUAUUAUGAAUUUUCUGUCCUCUCUUUUUGACGGUGGCAAAUCUUAUCGUACUAUAAACCUUUUCCGCUCUGCCAUCUCGGCUGCUCAUAGUCCGAUCAAUACACUCCCUGUCGGACAACACCCUUCCGUGUGCAGGCUCCUACGGGGUAUCCGUCUUUCCAGACCUCCGGCACCCCGUUACACCCAUUUUUGGGAUGUGGCACAAGUCUUAUCCUUUCUGGAGACCUGGCCUCCCAACUCAGAGCUAUCCUUACGCCAACUCUCUGCCAAGUUAGCCCUGCUACUUUGCUUGAUUUCUCUACGUCGGGUUUCCGACAUCAAAGCCUUCGACCUUCAUGCAAUUACUUUCACUCCCGAGGGAGUACGCUUCUCUGUUGUCCGUCGCACUAAGAUUCCAACAUCCUCCGUCUUUUAUCCAUACUUCCCAGACAGACCUUCUCUGUGUGUUGCCCUUUGUUUACAACGGUACAUUACUCUUACAACGCCGCUUCGGCCCCCGUCGGGACCUCUUUUUGUGUCCUACGUUCGUCCUCACCGUCCGGUGUCUUGUCCCACUAUUGCUCGGUGGAUCAGGUGGCUCCUCCGCCUUGCGGGCGUAGAGCCGCCCUUUGGCGCCCAUUCAGUACGGGGCGCGGCCGCAUCCUCCGCCUUUACCUCUGGGAGUUCCCUUUCGGAUAUUUUGACCUCGGCAGAUUGGUCAAGGGAAUCUACCUUUCGUACGUUUUAUUUCCGGCCUCAAGCUCAUCCGGGUUUUCAUUUACUCUCUGGGCGUUAAAACAGCAAAUAUGAAGCCUCCUGUCUUGCCAUAAAAUUAGAGAUUAUUCUAGCGUCAGUGACCUAAUAAUCUAAAUUUUAUUAAAGACAGGAGGCGAAUAUUUUCCCACCCUACGUGCGCUCAGGUUUCGUUUUGUUCUUUUUCUUUCGCACGUCCCCCUCCCUUUUUCUUCCAGAAUGGGAUACACAGGUAGGGUGUUCAUACUGCUGUAGUUUUGGUUUUUGGUUCUUAAACUCAUUCUUUCAUCCACAUAGAUAUGACUAGGGAUAUGUGUAAUACUCCAGAAGUUUUUCAUUAAAACAUUUUCAAACUAGGCAUUUGUAUGUAGACACCUUGCCAAUCACACCAUACUUUCACGAGUUUCUCUUUUUUUUUUCUAGUGUGAAAGAGCCUUCACCCCUCUGCAUGGCGACAUCGUUGAGGAUAUGUUGUCCCAACUUCCAGUUUCGUUAAGAUUAUUCGUUCCAGUUUACAUGGUUGACAUCACUCUGGCUACAUGAAGAAAGAGGAAUUGGGAGGAGUUUCACAGCCACUUAUUAAUGACUAGAUGUGUUAUGAUUGGUUGUUUCUUUUUUUCAAUCUGUUAACUGUUUCUUUGCUGCUGGGAGGAACAGUAAAGGAAGUAAAGCAAAUAUUCGCCUCCUGUCUUUAAUAAAAUUUAGAUUAUUAGGUCACUGACGCUAGAAUAAUCUCUAAUUCUGUAUUUUGUAGAAACCUGUGGUUUACAUUAGUCUUCCAGAUAUCCGUCGAAUAUAUAAGAGAAGACAUAUGUUGAUGCCUGUGGUAAGGCCUUAUUUUAAUGUCUUAUAGUAUUUAAAAUUGUGUGUGAUUCUGAAAGAGUAUUAUUUUAUAGCAACACCUUGUUUUUCCAAAUAUUUCUCAGACUGGAAUCUCAGUUUUUUACAGAGACCCUACAAUUCUGAAUUUGUCUUCCCAUUGCUUGAACUUUGUCCUUCAUUAGAACCCCAGCUGUUAUAAAAUUUACCCAUGAUGCCUUACCAGCAUUAAGGAAUUGUAGUUCUGCCACAGGAAUUUUUUUUGUAUUUAUUGUAUUCACAAUAUGGUCGAUUACAAGCAUUCAAAGUAUAAACGCUGCAUGUCAUUUUCAUUUAAGAGACCUUUAGUUUGUAGACUGUGUGGAUUGCUUUUCUUCUUUAAUACAUGUGCUUUUGAUUUGUGGCAUAAAUGUAGAUGCGUUACAAAUUAAAAUAAACCAGAAAUCUAAAAUAAAUAAAAAUUGGCCUUAUAAGCACUUCCUCAUUUUGGAAAGCAAAUUAUACUUUUUAAGGUUAAUUUAGAUUAGCAAUGUCUAAACUGCUGCUCCAUAGUUGUUCAAAACCACUAGCUGUCGUGGACCUUAGGAUAGUGGGAGUAGUUGUGUGAUAGUUGUGCAGAAUUGGUUUGUUGGCUCCUGCAUUAAUGAUUGGAUGGUGUUUAGUGAGAUGAUCAGAUACUGAUUGUCUAAGCUAGUUCUUAAAUGGUUUCAAGGAGGACUAUUAAGAAUAUUAAACCAUUCACUACCACAAUUCCAUGUGCUAAUUUCUACUUUUAAUGCAAAAUUAACUUUAGCCCUUUAAGUCCUAUUCCUUUUUUUUUUUUUCAACAAUUGAAGAUUACCACAGCCAAGAUAUAAAUGGGUAAUUCUUUCACCCUACAUGGCAGGCCUCUCUUCCCUCUUGCACCGUGUUAGCAAGUUUGUAUUAGAAACUCCCCCAUCCCCCAUCUUCUUCGUCAUGUAUUAUAGUAAUCUGGGCAUGCUUGUUCAUCUUACAGAACAUUAAUUAUUUGCAGGUUUGUAUUUUUCUUUUCCAUGCUACUUUUUAUAUAGGUAUUUUGCCCAUAUACAUUUUUGCUUCUCUUUUUAUUAUGAAGAUUUGUUUCUACAAAGCAGGAUAUUUAACAAUUCUUUUAUUUUUUUUAUGUAUAGAAUGCCUAUCUGUUCCUAUUUUUACAUUUGUGUUGUAGUGCUGCGAUGGUACUCCCUUGCUCAAUUGCACUUCCAUGAUUUUCAGGGUUCAAACGUAUGCUUUUAUUUAAAAAUGUCAUUAUUUUUAGGGACUGGAGGUGUUUUGCACAGAAAACGACUUGUGCUCAGAUAUUUACCUUAAAUUUUACAAUCCGAAAGAUCGUGAUGGACUCUACUACUACAUUGCAGCUUAUCUAGGUUUGAGAAUCUUUAUAAUCUUAAUUGCAUAAUGUCCUUGAACCUUAAUGUGUACCGAUCUACACCUAAUGUUUGUUUUCUAUAAAACUGUUACUUCAUCUACAGAGCUGUGUUUUAUAAAAUAUUUUUCAAGAAAAUGUAUAGAAUUGUUCAAUUGACAAUGCUCUGUUGGUAAACUUUCUUGCAAACCAUUUAAAUCCAGGAGUUGUGGCAUUUUUCCUGUGCUGUCGAGUAAAUCAUUAGUAGAUAGAAAAAAAAAAAGCACACUCUAUAAAAGAUGAAAAAAUCUCUCUAUCUCUCUCUCUCUCUCUCUCUCUCUCUUUUUUUUUUUUUUUCUUUCAUAAUCUAUACAUGCAUAAUAGAAAUAAGGGAUCUACAGAAACAAAUACAGUACAAUUGGUGAAAACACUGGAAUACAAGUCAUUUAAGCUAAAGCCUAACCCACCCCUAUGUAAUGUCAAAUAACAUUAAAAAAAAAAAAAAAAGAUAUGAAACAGAACGAGUUACAUCCAACAUACCGUGGCUAAACCAGUGAGAGGGUGGACACCAAACACAUUUCAGAUUUAAAGGGACCCUAUAGUCACCAGAACAACUACAGCUUAUUGCAUUUGUUCAGGUAAGUAGAAUCAUUCCCUUCAGGCUGUUUGCUGUAAACCCUGUCUUUUCAGAGAAAAUGGUGUUUACAUUACAGCCUAGUGAUAACUCCACUGACCACUCCUCAGAUGGCGACUAGAACUGAUUCCUUGGGCAGUGCUGCAGAAUGAGCAGCACUGCCAUUCUGUGUACCACCCUCUGCAUGCAGACACUGAACUUUCCUCAUAGAGAUGCACUGAUUCAAUUCAUCUCUGAGGAAAUAAUGAUUGGCCAGGGCUGUGUUUGGCUGGCUCUGCACUUGAUCUCCUCCUUGACCGUCUCAGCCACUCCUGUGAUAAGAAUUCUGAUUGGCUCAUACCACAAUUUCUGAUGAUGUCAGCAGACCGGGGCAGUGCCAGCAGCUUCAGACUUGAAUACAAGUAAGAUUUUACUAUAUUUAGGGAGGCAAAGGGGGGCUCUAUAGUGUUCCUUUAAGUCUCUCAAGGGAGAACAGAAAGUAAAUGAACCAACACCACAUUAUCUACCCUUUGAAUAGGUAGCCAACCGUUGUCCUGCUGUAAUCCACUAUUUCUAUUAAUUAGUAGACCUCUACAUUGGCGGUCACAUGACCAUAUAUGAGAAUAUCUUCUAGCCAAAAUUAAGAUGGAAAAACAAAAUAAGCACUCCUAAGUGAUUAGUUUAAGGGGAACUGCGGCUCUGUGACAUAAUUUCUUUUAGGUUUUUUGACUUUACAUAGGGGAGGGUUAGGCUUUGGCUUGAAUUACUUGUAUUCCAGUCUUUUCACGAAUUGUAUUCAUCUCUGUGUAUCCCUGAUCUAUUGUGUAUGUAUAUAUGAUAUAUUUUAGCAUGACUGUAAUACAUAUUUAUAUUUUCUAGAGUGUGGUCCUCUCUGUUUCUGUGUACUAUUGAGGUAUUAAUCCCAUGGGGAUUGGGAUUAUGAGAGCGCACUAUUUCCUAGUUUUAUUCUAAUGAGACAUUUUUUGGUUUGACAGUGUAUGACACCGUGUGGCCUCAAUGUAAUUGCUUGUAGUAAUUCUUUAGUACAAAUGUCAUGGAAAGCGAUUACAUUGAAAUGUAUAGAUAUUUGAUUAUUUCUCUCCCCCCACAGAGAAUCAUUUGGCUGAGCAAACAGCAGACUGUUAUAUGCUACAGUGGCAGAUGGGACACAUUUCAAAUUACCAAUAUCUCCUGCACCUCAAUAACCUGGCAGAUCGAAGCUGCAAUGAUCUUUCUCAGUACCCUGUAUUUCCAUGGGUCCUAUCAGACUACACUAGUUCUGAACUUGGCAAGUGGAAACAAUUGUAUAGAACUGGUUUUUGGUUUUGAUAUUUUCAUAUGUUUACAAACUGAAAAGUUUUCCAGAUGAUGCAUAAUUUUGCAAGUUUAUACAAUUUUCAAAUAUCUGGUGCAAUUUAUUAGUUGUAUCUGUAGCAUUCUGUAAUAAUCUAGGCUAGGGAUGAACCAUUGAUCUACAAAUGUUAUAUAAGUAGGAAUUGACUGGUCCAAAACACUGUAGUCUUGUGCCAUCUCUCCUUAUUUUGAUUGAUCACACACAUGCUGUAUGAUUAAAUGCUGCUUCAUUGUCUUUUGCCUCAAAGCAUGCACUCUACAUUAAAGAAAAUCUAAGGUUAUGGUGGCAGGAUGACCCUAUCCCCCUUCUCCCAAACUUCCCAUCCCACGCCCCGUGAAUAGUCAAAUCAUUUUAGAACAGUUAGGCCCAUACAUGAGGCCUGCUUGGCACCGCUCCUUGCAUAUUAGAGAGCUUUAAGCUUUCUGCCUAGUUUAAGCAUGGUUGAGUCUGAGAGCAAUUAGCUGAGAUUCUGCCAAUAGGCUGACUCUUCACUGCAGGGCUUAGCUCUCUUAAGGUAAUGGGUGGUGCUGGAGGGAGGACAAUAGUCCACCCGCCCAUUAUCAUUUAGGGCUCUACUAGCCGCUUCUUCUGGCUGCAUAGAACAGAAGAGGAAGAUGAACCCAGGUAAUACGUCAAACCAUUCUAAACUUGGAGAGUGCCACAAUGGCAGUGUGUGCCCUAAAACAGCUGCAUCAUGAAGACUGGUUAAAUCGCAGACUUGUCCAAAAUAAAAAAAUAUAAAUGAAUUGUACAAUGUACAUUUUCAGAGUUCAUUAGAACUUUUCAGUGCCCUCAUUUUAGUUUAGAGGGUUUUAGUUUGUUUUUUUUCUUCACCUGAUUAUUAUUUAUUUAUUUUAUUUUUUGUGUGUGUUUUUUUUUUUUUCACUCUCCCUUUUCUCUUAUAUUUAAGAUCUAAAUACUGCUGAUACAUUCCGAGAUCUUGGUAAACCAAUUGGAGCACUGAACAAAGAGAGGCUGGAGCGAUUAAUGGUAUGUAUAGAUUAUUAUUCAUAAGCUAGAAACAACAAAUUAUGUGAAUGUUUGAAGGGACAGUCUAAGAGUUGUAUAGACGCCCUCCCCCAUUUUUCUAUUGUGCAUCAUAUUAUAGAUAAUGCAUUCACACCUUGCAAUAAAAUAAAAAUAUGCCUUUCCAUAAAGCUGCUGCUCUUGCACAAGCAAUUGUCAUGAGCAGAUCUAUCCUUCUUAGGCCAGGCAAAUGGCCUUCACCAGUCAAAAUCCUGUCAUUCUGGUCAAGAUUUGUCUCCUCCUUUCAUAAACCUCUGUCCAGCAGUGAUUUGUAGGACAUGAGUCAGGAAGGAAGGAUGUGCACAGCACUUGCACAUGUCAUGACCUGGAUUGGUUUGGAAGGGAAAAAGUUUUAUUUUUUUUUAAUUUUAUUUUUAUUCUUUUGUUAGUCAGAACUACAUGUUUUAUAUUACAGAUGCGUUACCAUGAAAUGCCAGAGCCAAAAUUUAUGUAUGGAAGUCACUACUCUUCACCAGGCUAUGUCCUGUUCUAUUUGGUCAGAGUUGGUAAGAUUAACUGAUUAAGAUUAACUUUUAAUUCUUCUGGACAUUAUUUUAUUUUUUGGUAAAUAAGAUAGUUUCAACUUUUAUAUACCGGUUUAAAUGAACCCUCUAAUGUCCCACUGUGUUUUGGGACUCCUACAUGGGGGAUGGAGUGUGGUUUUUAUAGUGUAUUUGAGGCAGGCAGCAAGGGAGAACUCUCCCCUGCUCAGUUCACUUGCGCGCACCACAGUGAUGCCGGAGCCGGAAUAUGUCGCCCCGGCAUCACAAAAGGCACGCAAGGGAGCUGAGCAGGAAGAUCACUGCUCCCUCGCUGCAUAGCCCGGCAGCCCCACUGGACCGCAGGGUCUGCAUGGCAGCCACUCAGUCCAGCAGCAACACUGGACAACAGGGACUACAUGGCAGCCACUUAGUCCAGCAGCCCCAUUGGACUCCAGGGAAAUAGACUCCAUGCCAGCACUCCCAAAGGUAGGGAGGCUGCGUGGAGUGAAAUUUAAAACCAUAAAUAGUGUGUGUCUGUUAAGGAGUUUGUAUGUGUUUAGAUACAAAAAAGCGAUAUGUGUGCACAAACCACAGUGCAAUAAGUGCUCAACAAAUAAAUAGCAGAAAAAGACCUCCCUGAAUCAGGUAGGAUUUCCCCGAAGACUUCCUCCUGUCUUCAACAGAACAUGUAUAGAAAAAAAGGGGACGAUCUGCUAAACAAAUAACAAGAACAGUGCAUAGCGCAUAACUGUGUAUAUGAAUAAACCAAAUGUGAAAUUUGAAAACUACACAUUUGGUUUAUUCAUAUACACAGUUAUGCGCUAUGCACUGUUCUUGUUAUUUGUUUGUAUGUGUUUGUCAGUGAGUGUGUGUAUGUCAAGGUGUGUGCGUGUGUGUGUGUAUGUGUCUGUGUGUUAGUUUGUGUAUGUAUGUACGUACGUGGCAUAUGUACAGCAAUCCUAUGUGCAUACAUCCCAGCAAACACCAACACAACAUGCAAACACACUCCUGCAAACACAAACAUUAAAUACAAAAACCCCUGAAUUUAAAAUUUAUAUACAAACCCGAAUACUACACACAAUGUACAUCCGCAUUUAAAAGCUAGCAUUACAUACAAGCACACCCCUGCACGCAAAUGCAAACAUUACAUGCAAGCACACCCCUGUAUCAAAACGCUAACAUUAUACACAAACACCUGCUCCUACUAUCUGCGCUACGGUGCCAAAAUUUAAGGGUUCCACGUUAUUGGCGCAUUAUGACAAAGGGAUCCAUGUGAAAAAAUUUAUUGGGAACCAAUGGUUUAAGCAAUAUUAAGUGUGAAUGGUUUCUAAACUUCCACCCCAUACAUUUCUUCUUUCAGCUCCAGAACACAUGCUUUGCAUACAGAAUGGGAAGUUUGAUCAUGCUGAUAGGAUGUUUAACAGGUUGGUAUAAACAAAAACAAAAAACUUGACCAUAUAUAAAGUUAAUCUGCUUCAGUUAAUUAAAGAAAACUGCUGUUUAUAUUUUUUAUACUUCUUUUCCACAUUUAGUAUUGCAGAAACAUGGAAAAACUGCCUGGAAGGAGUUACGGAUUUUAAGGAGGUAAUGCAUUUUUAUGGAUGUACACAGAUGUCUGCCUGUCUACCUGUCUCUAUAUGUAUGUAGUGUGUGCAUUUACCUGAAAUCUCAAUGUUCUAGUUAAUUCCAGAGUUUUAUGGGAAUGAUUGGAGCUUCUUGCUUAACAGUUUGAACCUUGAGUUAGGAAAACGUCAAGGAGGGAAACUGGUGAAUGAUGUGGAGCUUCCGCCAUGGGCAUACGGUAAGAGAUUUAACAGUCGAAAAUAUUAAUGUCAGAGUGCACCAAUCUAUAUGGUUUGCCAAGCUGUCUUCGCCUAGAACUGCUGUUCCUAGCAUCUUUGCUCCAUAACUACUUUUACUAAGCUAUAGUGGUUCUGGAGCUUGGUGGCAAGUGUCCUUAGUGUAGGUAUAAUCCAAUUGUUUAUCUCCUAUUUUCUUCUAAUGUUGCCAACCCUUUUUUUUUUUUUUUUUUUCACUUAGAUCCUGAAGAUUUUUUAAGGAAAAACAGAGAUGCAUUAGAAAGCUCGUAUGUUUCUGACCACCUCCAUGAAUGGAUUGACUUGAUAUUUGGUUAUAAACAGAGGGGUAGCGAUGCUGUGGAUUCUCAUAAUGGUAAGACCGAUGUUGUUGUCCAUAUAUAAGUAGAAGACAAAUGAGCAGAUACAUGGAUUGAUGUAAAAAAAAUUUUUGCGUACAGCUGCAGUAGUUGAGGGAUAUUCAAGUUAAUGGGAUGAAUAGCCUCCUAAAUAAAAUUGAAAACGCUUGCAAUCCCUGCUGCCUCCUUGGUCUUGAAGCUGUAGGGGGGCAGGCACGGGCUGUUUCUGGGGGUCAGCCAGUUGUGACCAUACUGCCUGUGAGAUGGAUGUUUACUGCAGCUCGCGGAGGAAUUUCAGUGCUCUAUGCACUCCUAAUUUUUUUUUUUUUUUUUUUGAAGCUACAUGGUCCAUUAAUUUAAAGAGCCCUCAGGUACUGCCGCUGAUACUAAGGAAAAAAGUAUUUUGCAUGCUGAAAUCUUUUUAUAGUUAUUGCACAAAAAUGUUUUUUGCAGAAUGCUGCACCAAACACCUUCCUCCUUAGCCACACCCCCUCAUGCCAGAAAGACAUCCUUAUGUGUGUGCGCAAACAGUCUCUGCUUCCAACAGCACUGCGUGAGACUAUUUUAAUUCACAGCCCGGCUGCAGACAGUCAGAGAAACUAGAAACGGGUAGUGAUAUCCGUACUAUAUGCCUUCCUGAGUGUCCCUCCUAAUCCUGGUUGCUUUGACAUGGCAUUCUUUCAUGUGGGCUUUAUACUCUAUAAAUUGUGUUGGGUUGUUUAGAUUUUAAUUUUUUUCUUACUAGAGAUUGAUUCUGAUUGUGUAGUAAACAACCAUACAUUUUGGUGCAUUCUCAUCUUUACAAUACAGAAAGAUCUGUAUUAAACAAAGAGCAAAAUUUAUGCUUAUUGGUAUUAUUUCUAUUUUUUAUAUAGCGCCAUCAGAUUCCGUAGUGCUGUACAAUGGGUGGACUAACAGACAUGUAAUUGUAACCAAACAAUUGGACGUACAGGAACAGAGGGGAUGGAGGGCCCUGCUCAAUGAGCUUACAUUCUAGAGGGAGUGGGGUGUAGUGACACAAAGGGUAAAAGUAGUGGUACGAAGUAGGUUGUUAGAAAAGUAUUCACUGAGGGCUUCGUAGGUAAUUUUUGACAGUUGCACGUGAAACGUUCUAAGUACAAUAGGUUCUAAUUAGCCAUGUUCUCACACAUCUCAUAUAUUCUCAAUUGACAAGUGCAGCCUUCCUCUAAAGAUUGAUAUUCUCAGUGUAUGGAAAUAAUUUUCACAGAUGGCGUUUAUUUGGCCAUGUCAGCCCAGACAAGGUUGUAGCUUGCAGAUAAACAGCCUGCUACAGAUCGUUGUUUCUCUGCAUUGGUGUUUUCUCUGAUUACUAAUUAGAAAUACAACAUUUGUCUGUCACCACAAUGUUUUACCUGUAUGUACAUGAUUCAUUUUUUAUUUAUAUUAUUUAUUUAUAUAUUUUUUUUGGUCUGUUUUUUGGGGUUUUUUUUUUUUGGGGGGUAGGGGGACACUACAAAGUGGCUUCUACUCAACAUUUGUGUUAUAUGCAAACCUAUAUUAAGCAAAAUUGUAGACUGAUUCUCUCAGGACAUCCACUUCAACCCGAAGCAGGUUUGUUUACUCAUCCAAUCUGAAAUGAUGGGUAGAGCAGUACAAUAUUGUUCAUGUAUAGGUUUUUUUGAAUUACAUUAAGAGGAUGACCAAUUUUAAUUCAUUUAUUCUAUAUAUACAGACAUGAGCAUUUUCUUUUGUCUUGCUUUGUUUUUCAUAUGUUGGUGAUAAUCCUUGUUUGUCUUUUCUUCUUAGUUUUUCAUCCAGUAACGUAUGAAGGUGAAGUUGACUUUAACAGGUAUGCAAUCUUAACUUUUUUAUUUUUUAUUUAAACUUAUUUAUUUGUUUUUCCAUACAAAAGACACAUCCGGGGCGCUUGCCCUACACUGAACACCAUAAAUACAAAAACAACAAGACAAAAAAACACCCUACGACAGUCAAAUUUACAGCAUUAAUAUGCAACCUUCUGCAGUUGGGCAUUUACCUUAAAAACAAAAACCUUAACUUCCAGUUUUACAUAUCUGUAAAAAAAAAUAAAAAAUAAAAAAUUAUCUUUUUAAACUGUACUUCUUAUACCUAACCUGUAACCCUUCUUUUGUGUUGUGUGAAUUUUAAAUUGCAAUGCAUUAUUUAAAGUAACCUUUAUCAAUGUAUUUUGUUUUAAGAAUUGAGGAUCCUGAUCAUAAAAUCGCUUUGUUAACACAAAUUUUGGAGUUUGGUCAAACGCCAAAGCAGCUGUUUAGUAAACCUCAUCCAAAGAGAAUUUUUGCCAAGUCAAGAAGUGUUUCCCGUUCAUCCAGUCAGAAUAUCUCUUUAGUUGAAUCACCAGGUAAACAUACAUUGCUGACUCCGAAUGAUCUAUACUGGGAUUUUUAUCCAGCUCUUAACCCAUAUUGCAAACAAUUAUUCUUUGCUGCCAUGUUUGGACAUGUCUUUUUGUAAGCAAACCGGUCUAAAAUAACUGAAUGAUCUAUGAAACUAUUAACUGUCAAAAUGGCCAUCUUUUCCAAAUGAGGAUGUGGAGUGGAGGUGUGGAACAGCACCAGGCAGACAUCAGCGAAGAAGUCAAAAUAGUUUUACUCCUGGCACCAUAACCACUACAGUGCCAAAGUUCCUUGUAAGACAGUGUCAGUCCAGUUAAAGCCUUAUCUGCGAUGUAAUGUUGCACCAUAAUUUCUUGAUAGCCUUAAUGUGUGUGCGCAUGUAUUUUAUUGAAGUGCUAUACUGCUUUUCCUUGUAGCUUCUAUUAAUGAAGAGUGCUUUGAGGAUCUCACAGAAGAAAGCAAAUCCCUCGCAUGGAACAACAUCACAAAGUUUCAGAAAGAAAACGGGCAAAAGUUGCACAAAGAGUAUGUAUUUGUAUUAAUGUUCCUUGAACUAGCAUGGUUAGUCCUAUAAUGUUGCAUGAACACAGAUCUAAUUUUACCCAAGCCAAUAUCUAACCAAGUUAAAAAGGAACACUGUAGGUACCUAGACCACUUCAGCUAAUUGAACUGGUCUGGGUGCUGUGACCCUUUUGCACUUAAUGCUGCAAUGUAAAACAGACAUCCACUAGAGGGCUUCCUAAAUCUAAAUGGACUUUUGGUCCAUUAUCUGACGCUGGACGUCCUCACUAACCUGGUGUCAGUUUUUUCACAUAGGAAAGCAUUGAAUAAUGCUUUCUUAUGGGGAGGUCUAUAGUGUACGCUGCCAUUACCGCGCAUGCACAUUAGGUCUCCCCCGUCGGCUGGGGAGGAGCAUAGGCGGUGCCUGACCCAGCGCCGAGGGACAUUGGCGCUGGUUUCAGGUGAGUGGCUGAAGGGGGGUGUGAGGCAGGGGGCACUACAGGAGCCUAUAGUGCCAGGAAAACGGGUUUGUUUUCCUGGCACUAGAGGAUCCCUUUAGGAUAAAAAAAGCUGUAUCUAGCCAAUAUGGCUGGAUCUUAAAGUGGCACUGUCAUGCCGAACUUACCUUUCCCCAAUCACUUCCUGUUCUCUUCCUCUCUCAGGAUCUGUUCUUUAUUUCUUCCUGUCUGCUCUAGUUUUAUUUAAAACAUAAGACAAAGUGUUCUCGCGAUGCCUCACCUUUCCUCCGUGUUCUCGCGAUGUCUUCUUUCCGUAUUCCCGAACGCCAUUCGUGUUAGGACGAAAUUCUGGACUUUUGUUCGGUUCGAAAUUUCAUUCAAAUGAAUAAAAUUCCAAUCCGAUCGUGGCUGCAUCCUGCAACUGCUUAGUUGAUGGCUUCCUAAUUCCCACAGUAUUAGGGAGUGAUCUACCAAAAGGCUGAAAGACCAAUAUUGUUUUUUUCAGCCAACUUUAAAAAAAAAAUUACUUAGUAUUAGUAAUCUGCCCCUACUCGCUAUAUUGCGAGUAGGGGCAUGUCUAGUAAACAGUGAGUACCCUGUGGCUAAAUAAAAUACUUAUUUUUUUCUAAAACCUGAGCUCCGCAGGGCGGGGAAAGGCUUAUAAAGCCUUCCCACUCUCUGCAGUUAGGCUCAGAGCGCUUUGGUUUAAGCCAACCAAUCAGAGUGCUCUGACAGGUAAGUGAAGAAACUGACCGGUAAGUCAGUCACAGCACUCUGGUUGGCGUGCAAUCCAACCAAUGAGAGUGCUCGGUGUAAUUUUACACAGCAUGGAAAAGUUCUUUUGAAAUUUUCCCAUGCUGUGUAAUUUGACUCAUAACCCUCUGGUUGCUUUCAGGGCCACCACCUGCCGCUCAUAAGUAAUCCCACCCACUUGCCGCCUACAAGUGGGGACUCUGGGGACACCCCCUGCUAGUUAAUAGAUGCCCUACCAUGGGGUCAUUUUUUAGAAGGGGGGCUUCGUGUGCUUGCAGCUACCGAAUGGGUUUUGUGUGGGGCCGCCGUUCGUAUACCGAACACAUGGCGGCGUCCAUCUUUUGUUCACGAAAGCACUGCAGUGUUUAGUCGUCGAGUGUCUGGAACUAAAAUCGGCUACUCGACUUACCGAACACCGCUGGACUUCCAGACCAUUCGGGACAAUAAUUAUUUCGGCAUAUUAAUACUCUAACUGUAUUUAACGAUUGCAGUGGUGGUUCAUGAAAUCAGGUUAUUCGAAUGGCGUUCAUCUGAAUGUGCAGGGAUCUGAGCGGUAUUUCCCCAGAUGGUGCGCUCAGAUCCCAGCUAUUCAACGAAAGGUCAAUCGGUUAAUUUACCCUAAUACUUUUUAAGUUAUAGAAUUUAAUGGGAAAUUGUAACUUGGGCUGUAUGGAGAGAUCGAGUGAUUAUCAGUAUAUUCUUAUCAUUCAUUUCUCUAGUGUAACAAUGCAUGCUGGGAAAUUGUCUUGUAAUUUAAGAUUCCCAUGUAGUCCACGGUUGUAAAACCCUUGCAAGGGCACUUUGGAAACCCCGUGUAUGGGGAAUUGUAUAAAUGCUGUGACCAGUGAUUAAAACCUCAGUUGACCUCCAAGCUAUGUGUCGUCUAGUUCUUGGGAGAAGGGGAUUGUUACUACGCUACCGGUGUUCUACCGGUUUAUCCUGACUACCAGCGGAGAUACUGUGGAUUAACCCCUACUACUCCGCUACAUAUGGUACGGUCAGUUCCCCUGGAUUUUUUCCCCCCACUUUGUUAAGCUAUUUAGUAAAUGUUUUUGUGGUAUACAAUACUUAACCCCUUAAGGACACAUGACGUGUGACAUGUCAUUCCCUUUUAUUCCAGAAGUUUGGUCCUUAAGGUGUUAAAUGUUGAAAUCCACAUGUAUACCCUAGAACUCAGUCUUGGCUCUGUCAGUGAUAUUCAUAUUUAUUUACUUUUUUUGGCACUGAACAUAGUCCUUGGAAAAGUAAGAGAAGCAAUGCAUUUGUUAUUCUCCUCACUUGUAUUGUCUCCUGGCGAUGCCUGGACUGAACUGUAGUGUGACAUUGCUUACUAAACCUUCAUUAUACAUUUUUAAAGAAAAUAGAGCAUCAUAUGAAAAGUGUUGGCAUAAACUAGUAGGUGAUUUUCAAGGUUUUAUAGAAGGGUGUAAUUUCCAAAGAAUUUAAUAUUCCGCUCAACUUGUGAUGUAAAUGUUUACUUUCCUUAAAUCAUCCAUAGAUACAUUGAAUACAUGAUAUGUCCCUGAGAUACAUGUCUGAUAUUCAAUGUAAAAUAUCCGAUAUACACACCUCAGUUUCUUCACCGUCUUGCCUUCCGCUUCAUGGGUGUUACUGUUACAUUUCUAGUAACAUCCAUCUCCGGCCUGCCUUUCACUCCUCCAAGACACUUCUGUAAUUUGCCAUGCUUAGAGAUGCUUUCCCGAGCAGAGCAAACCUGUCCCAUGAAACAGACACCGUGGCCAGCAUAACAAAGUCUUAGAGUGACGUCAGCCACUCCCUUCCUAUACUCCCUAGCUGGCACUGCAAUGGCAGCUUCAAGUAGGAAGUUAUCAUACCAACCACUGCACAUAUGCUGUGGUUGCUAUGUGUGGAAGCUGGAAGGACUGCCGAUGGGAGAUCCUUUCUGCUCUCCCUUCAAUUAUCCAGUCAAUUCUUUGGCAUGAGUGUAGGGGUGUUUGUUUUUUGUUUUUAUAAUUGUUUUGUUUUUUGUUUUUCAAAAUCUAUACGUUUACUAGUAAUGUUUAGAUAUUUUUAUGCUUUUUCAAAAGAGCAUUACAUAGGAGACAUGACCGGUACCAUGUAACACUGUGCUGUUAUCUAAAUGUAUGUUUUUAUUUAUAUUUAAACAGGACAAUUACUAGCAUUAGUGUGUCUUCAAAUGGAGCUUCAGUGUUUACAACAUCUCAAGGUUAGUCUGAUACUCCAUUAUAUUUAAGUUUUGUUUUUGUUUUUUUAAAUUUAUUGAUUUUCAUUGGGAAAUAGUCUGAUUGUCAUCCUACCUUGUCCACAUUACUUGCACGUGGAAAUUUUGGACAGUUUGUGUGUUUUUGUUUGGCAUAGAUUGAUAUUAUUUCUAUAACAAUAUAUUGCAGACUCCACUUUGAAAAUGUUUUCUACAAGUCAAAUGGCUCUUCAGAGAAGUAUUUCAUUCUCCAACAUGGUAAGUAUUAUUGAAGUAAAGUAAAAAAAAGUGGAGUGGAGCGCUUCAAUAACACAAGUGUAUAAUAAUACCUGGCAAAUAAGUGACUUGUAAAAUUAGUUCAAUAAAGUGCUUUAUAAGUGUUUAGAAACCAAAGUGCCUACCAGAACACAACAGUUUAAAAAUCAACCAUUCCAAUGAGUGAACUGAUCACACAGAAAAUGUUUUGUACAGUAUAUGCUUAAUUAGCAAAUGUGUUUGGCAAUGGUAUACUGAAAAGUUAAUAUUUUCAGGUGUUAUUCUAAUUCGCAGAGAACCUCAAAAAUAGAAAUUGAAUACAUUGUAGUGCAGACAAUCUGUAUUUAGAAAUGAGAUUUAGUAUUUUAACACCUGGGAACUCCCUCCUUUCAGAGACCUGCAGUGCCCCCAUCCCAUGUCGCUGAAGGGGUUGACAGCCAUUGAGGGCAGACUUAGAGCUGCAAUGUAAGCAAUAGGGGCACAGCACCCAGACCACUUCAGUUAGCUGAAGUGGUCUGGGUGCCUGGAGUGUCCCUUUUAAUGAAGAGCCUUUCCCAUAGGCUCUAUUUGUUGAGCAGACACCAAUUCCCAGGGUGCUGUCACCCUUUAACAGACAAACUGGAACUCUUUUAUACAGAGAAUUCUCUAUAAAUUAGACGUCGAAUCACUUUGUUUAAAAACACACGAGAAGGGAACUUAAAAAUUUAUGUAAACAGUGAUUUAAUUUGGGUAGGACCAUGGAAAUCAGACACAUAUGCCUGAAUAUGGUUUCUCUACUGUAGGACAUGCUUAUUUUUUUGUAUGACUUUUGUAAACAUUAUGACAAAUUUAAAGUUCCCAGUUGCUGUUCCCCAGCUUAAAUCUUAUUUCCGCUAAAGUAAAUUCUCAAAUGACACAUGUCAGUGCUUUCUUUCUCCAGAUUACUGUGAUUUUGACUAUUUACUACACACUUCGUAAAGUGGAAAUUUGUAUGCGUUUACGUUUAUAGUGUUGUAAUCAUACUCCCUUUUUAUCACUAGGCGUUGUCAUCCUGUAUUAUUUUGCCUGGAGAUAAAACUGUUCUGUGUUCCUCCUGGGAUAACAAUGUGUAAGUAUCAAACCCUACGGGUGGUUUAAAGUAAACUUAUCAGAUAAACAUGCCUGUAUGCAUUCCCCCAACUCUUCACCGUGGUUUGUAGAGACGACUACCAGAAGUCUAU